CGCAGUCUAAUGUGGUACAACGUGCUGAUGAGACCAGUGGGUGUGAGCGAGCCGGGUUAGUAAUUGACUGAAACAUUGUAGGACGGACCUCAGUGCCGCGUGUUUGGAAAUAUCGACUUGGCACACUGGAUUGCCAUUCUUUAGAGGCCUCUCCAGCAGAGGGCAGUGUGAGAUACAAUAUAUCCCCCACUCCUUUUGUGCCCUCCGGCCCUCGUUCUGUUGCUGCAGUCAGGAUCACCCCUCUGAGAAGCAUGAAAGGCUCUCCUGACCUGAUUCCUGCCUCAGAGUUGGAUCCCUCGAGGGUGUGCAAAGGCAAGGGAGUAGUGACUUUACGGGCCACUCUGAUCCACAUAGAUGAUGAGGAUUCCAUCAGCGAAGAAUCCAACGUUGACACAGCUCCAAGUGGCUGGGCCAGCCAAAUCAAUGGAGAAAGUGCUCAAGCAGGAUUGGCAGAGGGAGGCGUAAACAACAUCACAGCUGAUCUACCUACAGUAAACAACACAUUAUCCCAGGCAAGUUCACCUGUGAGCACAGAGGAGCUUCAGUGUCCCCCCUCCUCUGACCUUCAGAAUCAUCUUAUAUCACCAGCAAAGGCCCCCUCUAUUUACCCCUCCACCACAACAGUCAACCCAACCAUAGUUUUGCUUCAACACCACAGAGACCCAACACCAGAGAGGGACAAAUCCCCUGAUCCAAGGCCUGUAGGCGGGACCGAGAGAGACCCCCAUAGGGCCUCUCAGAUCCCAGUCCCAGAUAUGGACGGCAAGAGGAUGAGGAUGUCCCAGCACUCUCCUGCCCUGUGCCCACUCACCCAGCCCAUUGUGCCUGUACGGAACACGGAGAAGUCGAAGGACUGGUACAAGAAUAUGUUUAAACAGAUUCACCGAAUUCCAGAGCCUGUUGAGGAAAACCCAUAUCGCCCCACCUACAUUUUCCCAGAAUCCUAUGACAGGCAGAUGAAAACUACAGAUGACAGUCCCUCUCCCUUUGGUUAUCUGGAAGAUGUAAAAGGGGUGCCACGUUCAAAAAGUGCUGCUGAAGUAGAAGAGUCCAGAGGUCAGUCAAUGCCAGUGCCAACGCGGUCCUCUUCACUCAAACCUGCCAAAAGGAAUGAGUGGGAGCCCCCGGAUAAGAAGGUAGACACCAGGAAGUACCGUGCCGAGCCCAAGAGCAUCUUUGAGUACGAGCCAGGAAAAUCAUCGGUGCUGAAACUGGAGAAAACGACUCAGGAUUUAAAUCCAGAAGAUGUAGAUAUAGAGAAUGAGCCUUGGUAUAGAUUCUUUUCAGAGAUGGAUUUUGAGAAAGUGAGUGCCCCCUCUUUCAGCCCCCUGGAAACCCCUUCCGACCUACAGCAGUACUCCGCCUGCAAGGCCGGACAUAGCGAGGUGGAGAAGGACGGGGAACUGUCGGGGAGCGAGCCUGCGGCUCCAGAAUGCGACCGCCAUGUUUACAAGAGCGUCCUGGAGGGCGGCGACAUUCCUCUGCAAGGUCUGCGGGCCCUCAACAAGCGCCACGCCAGCUCGUCCUCUUCUAAAGUGGAUUAUAAAGGUGGGAAUGGCCAUAUAAUUUCACCCUGCUCCUCUGUAAAUAGUCGAUCAGUUCUUGCCAGUAAUGCCCUAGGUUACCAGUGUAAGAAUAAGAAGCCUCUAUCUGCUGCCAAAGCCUGCAUACCACAAAUCCUCCCCUCUAAAUUCAAGCCCAAGCUUCUGCCCCCCAGUGGCGACAGCCAGGACUGCAGGACUGGGUCUGUCAGGCACCCCAAAGCACACAGUUGUGAGGAUCUGUAUACUGGGACAUGUGGGCCGGGAAGCGCUGGAACAUUGGCAGGGGAGGAUUGGCAAAAUGUAGACUCCCUCCCCAACUGUCCAUCUGAGUGUGCGUCUGGCCUUAGGAAUGGCUCCCCAGCGACCAGAAGGAGCACCGCUGAGUUCUCCACCAUGUACAGGAACAUGCACAGCAUCCAGAGGCCUAGCUCGGUGGGCUCCAGCCCCCACGGCAGUGUCCGGAGCCUGGCCUCACUUUUUGAGAAAACAGGGGUCAAUGAGGGUGAGAGGUCAGAGGGUGACGAGGCUGGUGACAUUCCACGGGAUGCCGUGUCAUCACGGGUCAGUGAAUUUGAGUUAAUCAUCCAGCGCUCCAGCCCCGCACCCACACGCUCCUCCUCCAUGCCAACGCUGCAUUCUGACCACAGUCACAGCCCCAGCCCUAGCCCAGCCCACCUCUACAUGGCUUUUGCAGUCUCGGCAGAGUCCUUGCUGGAAACGGAGCCUGCGCAGACAGCGACAGUGGUCUGCUCCCUGGUGGACACAGAGGGCAAGGCAGCCAGGGAGGAGGCAUCUCUGUCAGGCAGUGAGGUGGUUGAGAAGGUGGUCUCCCUGGAGUACAGUGACUCACCAAGAGCUGAGUCACUGUCUGGGGCUGAGACUGAGGCGGAGGCGGAGGUGGAGCAGAGAUCUACUGAAAAGGCUCCUGGAGAGAACCAUCUGGUAGACAAUGAACCAGACUGCCCUCAAGUGAUGGUUACACCUCCCUUUCCACACAACCACAAUCACAACCUGAACCACCACCAUCAUGCCCUCCACAAUCACCUCCACUUGAAACCCAGUAAAUGCAAAGGCUCCUGCCCUGCCUCUUACACACGCUUCACCACCAUCCGCAGGCAUGAAAGACAGCAGGCCUCAGCCCAACAGAACAAGCAGGCCCCCCAGGAGAAGAAAAGCAGCCUGCCUGGAAACCUGUUCCUCCUUGGCCCGGCACCAUUCAGGGUCCGGAGACCCCUCCACCCCCACCAGGCCAAGAGAACUCUGUCGGCCACCAAGGUAAUGGCUGGCCACAGCAGUGGGUCCGUUGAGCUGAGGCCGCUGAUCCCCCAGCGCCUCUCCUCCCUGGAGGUCCUGGAGAGACUGAACAGUGGGGAUGGGGGGUCAGAGGGGGGAGACAGGGACAGCCUGACUAAUGGGGAGGGCUUGGACGCCAACGGAAAUCUACUGCAGCUCCGGGCAGCUCGCCGCAGAGACUCAUCCCAGAUUCUGAUCCAGGGUGAUCAGGGCGAACAGGACGAGGUGGUCAGGAGACGCCAUGGCGACAAAGAGAAAAUGUUGGAGGAGCAGCGUCGGCUGAAGCGGGAACAGGAAGAGGCGGACACGGCUUCGAGGCGGCACACAGGCAUCGUCCUGACUCAUCACCAGUUCAUCACAAACGAGCGCUUUGGAGACCUGCUCAACAUCACUGACACAGAUAAAAGGAAAUCUGGUUCAGAGAGAACUCCUGCCCUGGCUCGAUUUGACUUCAGAGCAGAGACCCUAAAAGAGUUGCCUUUUCAAAAGGGAGACAUCGUGUACAUCUAUAAACAGGUGGAUCAGAAUUGGUAUGAAGGUGAACACCACGGCAGAGUCGGCAUCUUCCCACGCAGUUACGUUGAGCUGCUUCCCCCCACCGAGAAGGCCCAGCCAAAAAAGAGUGCCCCAGUGCAGGUGUUGGAGUACGGGGAAGCUAUCGCCCGCUUCAACUUCACGGGGGACACAGGAGUGGAAAUGUCCUUCAGAAAGGGGGAGAGGAUCAUUCUGAUUCGCCGGGUUGAUGAGAACUGGUAUGAGGGCAAAAUCUCUGGCACCAAUCGCCAGGGCAUCUUCCCUGUGACCUACAUUGAGGUACACAAACGACCCCGUGUCAAAAAUGGAGUGGAGUAUCCAGACCCCCCCAUGAGCCACUCACCUCAACGCAGCACCAACGCUUCACCUCAGCUGAACCGUAAUCGGCUCGCCACCUCCCCUCUCCCACUCCCUCACUCCCCCCGCCGCUCCGUGUCCCCUGAGGUCCACGCAAUCUCGUCCGAGUGGAUCUCCCUAACUGUGGGCGGGCCGAGCCGCCCUGCUGCCCCCACCCCUCCUCUCCCCCCCCUUCCCACAGUGUCCUAUCGCUGGGGCGAGUAUUUGCCACCCUCCCUCAACGCCAGUCCUGUGCCCCCCAUCUAUGGCAGCCCCUACUGCAUCUCCCCCACGGCCUCUCCCUCAGCUUCCCCCCUGCCCCCACCCUACCCUCCCCGCCCCAGCUCAGCCACUCCCUUCCUCACCUUCACCCCACCUCAGGGAGAGGACUUCCUGCUCUCCCCUCCCUCCCCCCGUCUUUCCCGCAGCCUGAGCCCUUGCGGUGGGUCAGGCCUGGAGGGCUGGCUGACUGGGGCCAGCCCCCUGAGCAUCCUGGAGAGGGAAUUGACAGAGGGGGAGGGGGCAGACAGGGACAGGGGCAGUGGCCGCGAAGCACGGGGCAGCUGGCGAAAUAGCCCUGCAGAGCUGGUGAAGAAUGAGAGUGAUUACCAUGGACGAACCUCCAGAAGCCCUGUUAUGUUGUUUGACAUCCAAGACAAUAACAAUGCUAACUCAUUUGCGGAGGCGGUCUGUAAUGAGAUCAUGAAUAUAGCAGAGACCUCUGUGAGGUACUGCAGCACCCUCUCCCACCCCCAUGACUCUGUCCACAGACUGCCCCCCCACCCCAGUAAACAAUCUCUCAUCAUUUCCCAGCAACCCCAGUCCCACAGCAGCAGUCCAGAGCCGAGCCGUCUCAGCUGUGGAAUUUUCCAGGCUUUGUACAGUUAUGUGCCUCAGAAUGAGGAUGAGCUGGAGCUACAGGAAGGAGAUCUUGUCAAUGUCAUGGAGAAGUGUGAUGACGGCUGGUUUGUUGGUACCUCAAAGCGGACAAAGAAAUUUGGCACUUUCCCUGGGAAUUACGUGAAGGAGGUCAACUUGUAACACUUGGUUGCCUGCCAAGUUAGGAAAACUAUUACUAUUGCGCUUGACUGUUUAAUUAGAAUAGUCAUUUAGCCAGGUAUUUACAUUUGUCUGGGUAAGUGAUUGGUUUGGUGUGAGGUAUGUUCAUGUGCAUGCGGCGGCGACCGAGACAGCUGUUGACUCCCUGACCAAAGCUCAGUAUGGUGUAUACCUUUAUCACAUUCUACAAAGUACCUGGCUCAAUUUGUCAUAUUCUCAAAGUAGAAAUAUACAGUCAAAACUACUCCCAAAACGUCUGCACUCACUAUAUAUUAUUGUGUAUAUAGUAGCCUUGGCGUGUCAUUGUCAUUUACUGUAUACGAGUGUUACUAAAGCACAUGCUAGACUUUGGGGGUCAACAGCAGAGUAGUCAGAGGGGAUCAGAGGGGAUCUUAAGAGUGCUCAAAUAAUGUGUUGAUGCAGUAUGGAACUUGAGCUCUUUGUCAUCAGCUACCUUUCAGGACCUUCUUGACAGAAGUGCUUUCUCUCAUCAACCAUGAAUGCAGACACACACUUGUGAUACAUGUGAGAUUUGAAACAAACAUUAAGCCUAUUUGAAGACUAAUGUUUUUCCAAUGGAUAUCCAAUAAGCAUUAGUGUUUUAAUGGACAUACCGUACACAUAUCAGGCUGUAUGUGAUGGCACAUUCUUGGACUGUGUACACAAGACCAUGUUCCUUGGUUUAGAUUUCAAAAACGUGGUGACCUCAAUGUGCACCCAAUGGCCUUGAGAUAUGAAGUUAUAGGUCUGGGUUGUAUCUUUGUGAAAUGGCUAGGGUUUUGCUCUUUUCUGGGGAAUUCAGAAUGCACUGAAAACUAUACAUCUCAGAAUUUGAGACAUUACAAUAUAAUAUAGUCAGUGUUGGCUCGGUUUUUGUGAAGUAGCAGAGCAUUCUUACCUCAGUGCAGUCAAAAAGCUUCCAAUGCCAUUUAGUAUUGCCUCUGUUUUCCAUUCAAAGUCUAUAAUAUACUGUAUAACUCUAGCAUGGCCAUGCAUGAUAGAACGUCAAAAACAAAAAGAUAAUGUUAGCUACACUUUCCGACAGUUAACAUUAUAAAUUUAAUCAGGAACAGGUCUUGCUGCACUAUGUGCCUGAUAAAUAACACAUAUUGUGUAUUUAAGUGAGUUUGUUUGCUCUGGUUCAUGCUUGUGUGUGUGUACGCAUAGGAACAUUAUACCUUACAAAAAAUAAAUCUGUCAUCCUGUAUGUCUCUCCCUGAAAAUUUGAGGUAACAUAAGCUGUUUGAUCUUCUGUGAUUUCUGUAAGGUAGCUGGUGGGAGACAGCUGUCUAAGCUAGACUGGCUCCAGGGUAACCACAAGACAGGCGUGGUAUGCUACUUUUAAAGCACUUACUUCCGGUGUGGUCAUCAUUGGCGAUUUUAACUAUGGUAGGCUAAUCCAAAAAGAUCCCGAUGUCAUUGGCAGACACGUUUCCAUUAUAAGCUCUUUGUUUGACUGACAAUUCAUAUUAAUUUACUGUAGGGGGAAGAACAAUGCUCUUGCACUAAGUUGUAGAUACCAGGGGGUGGGGGGUGCUAACAGGAACACAGAUGCCUCUAUGAUUUGUCCAGAUGUAUUAAUAUUUUUCCUGCCAGUAUCAUAGGAAUGACUGCAAAGAAUGUCACAUCAUUAUAGCAUGAAUUAAUCAAUCUUAGGGUGCUCAAAACUAAGACAGAGCAGUCUGCUGGUAUGGAAACAGUGUAAUGGGGUUGAAAGUAUCCUUGAACUAGAUAACUCCCCCCAGUAAGAUUGAUUUCUAUUCUAAUAUCAAAGCAUCAAGGUAGUCUUCCGGUGAGGACAGAGGUCGUAGAUCUGAAGACCUCAUCAGAACAAGCACAUGUCAGAAUAUGUCCUGUAAACAUACCUCAAAAGUAUGUGACGGAAAAUACAUCUUUUUUACUUUGCUCUCAUCAAAGUCCUCACCAGUGUUAUCAUUCACUGUGGUGUGUAAAGCAGAAUUCCUUAUUGACAAGACUUGAUAAAUAACACAAAUCUUGAUCAGCAACAGAGAUUACUGGCUUGCAUUUACAUAUGAAGGAUCCUGCAGAAAAAAGUUUGAAUAACUAACUAACAGUAUCUAUAGAAAUCAUAAAGUAUUUUCCAUCCAACCAUCAGUAUUGAUGUGUUAGUAUUUUCCUAACAUUUAUUUUACUUGAAAUUUUAAUUGAAGAAAAAAUAGAAGUUUAAACACAUUUGAUAACAGUAAUCUAAUAAAUAAGCAUAUAGAGAUGAUCAUGAUAGUCACUUAUAUAUUUGUUAUAUAUCUCUAUUUUUCCAUUGACAAGGUUAGUGUUGGUAGUGCAGUGAUGAUCACCAAUUACCAGACUGGGAUAGGGUUUGAAGCUGUAAGUAGCCACCACCUACAAUAAUAUGAGAUUAACUGUAUCUAAAAUGGCAGCACUAACAUCUUAUCAUUAUCUGUCAGUUGUUAUUAAAACAUAUACAAAUUUUCAGUCAGCUAAGACUUUUGUCAUCUCCUAGAAAGAACCUAUUAUCAAGCAAAACAUGACACUAAAACUAUUUUGUGUGGUUGGUAAUACUAGUCUUGAGUAACAAGUACAUUAUUAUGACUAUCUGGUAUUUUGUGGUACCUAGGAGGACAUUUUAUCAUUUGCUCAUUUAUUUAUAGGGAUCAGUGCUUCUCCCUGUAGUCUGCUUUACCAGGCUAAUUGCCAUAAUUAGUUUUUGAGGAGUAUGCUGAGUGACUAAGUUACCUGUCUUCCUUUCACUUAGUGUACUUUAUCAAUUUGCCCCUCUCUUGUUCUCUCAUAUACCCAAGACAGAAAAAAUAAUAAUAAUGGUAUGCUCCGUCUCUUGAAUGGUGUGCUCAAUCAUUCUCUUUUCACCCCACAAGUCAGUAUAGAAUGAUAUACUAUAAUAGUGUGCUCCAUGACACAUCGCAGGAUGUAUGAAUGUAUGAAUGUGGAGUAUUGUAUACACAUGUAAAAAAAACAAGCAAACAAAUAAAAUGAACAGUGCUUUCAGUUUGAAUGAAAAUGCAAACCAUUAAACAGCCUGGCACAAUAAGGAUUGUAAAUAUGUAAAAUAAAAAAGAAUACAAUGCAAGUGUUCAGGAAAAAAAUGACACUGUCAGUUGUUAACGUUCAUUUUCCAUUAAGAAUAUUGGCAAAGCACAGAAUGAAGAUUUAUUGACCACACACAGGUUGACACAUUUGAAGUAACAUUACGCUGCCAUGUUGUGAGGAUCGUAAUGCCUUAUGUCAGAUGCAAAUUGUGCCUCAUUGUCAUUUGCUUUUAUUGAUUAUCACCGAAGUGUAUCCAUGUCAUAUUUAAGAAUGUUAUUAUUGUUUCCCCCAUAGUUCUAGUCUUUGUGAUGGGAAAAGAACAUUUACUAAGGACCUGUCAGUUACUGUACCAGUACCUAGACUAAAGUGUGACACAAAUGCUUCAAAUAAAUGAUUAAUAAUCAUAAGAAUGUUUUCUUUAGUUUACUGAGAUGCACAACCUGCAACAGGUUUGGUUUGUUUUCUUCAAUUUGCAGUGCUGUUACAAUGACUAUAUUAAAAUAAAGACAACACUAUUUACUGCUGUGAUUUUGGUAUUAUGCAAUAUUUAAUAAACAAUAUACAGCAUU